AUGUCGUCCGGCAAGGUCAAGGCCUCCCAGCUCUGGGGCAAGAACAAGGACGAGUUGAAGAAGCAGCUCGACGACCUCAAGGCCGAGCUCGUGCAAUUGAGGACCCAGAAGAUUGCCGGUGGUGCCCAGUCGAAGUUGACCAAGAUCCACGACGUCCGCAAGUCGAUCGCCCGUGUCCUCACCAUCAUCAACGCAAACCAGCGCGCCCAGCUCCGCCUCUUCUACAAGAACAAGAAGUACCUCCCACUCGACCUCCGCCCCAAGCAGACUCGCGCCAUCCGCCGUCGGUUAUCCCCAGAGGAGCAGAAGAUCGUCAGUGAGAAGCAGAAGAAGAAGCAGAGACACUUCCCCCAGAGGAACUUCGCCGUCAAGGCCGUUGCAUAG